AUGCCUGGGCUGGUGCCCCUCCUCCCGCGCGUGCCUCCUCCAGCCCGCCGCCGGUAUUCUACUCCGCCCAAGCCAGCUCCGCCCGAGCCGAGCUCCGCUCCUGUGCCUGCCGCUAGUGCCCGCCUCCGCAUGAGCACUCCCCGCUCCGCGCUCUCCGUGUCCGCCUGCGCCGCGCCCACUCCCGCGCGCCAGCCGAGCCGUCGCUUGCCGCGUGCCUGGGCCCGCAUGCGCCGCGCGCCGCCGCUCCGGCUUCCACACGCCGCAACUGCCUGCUGCUGCGUGCGCGCGCGCGCGCCUGGGCCGCCGACGCCAGCGCGCUUGGAGCCGCUCGCCGCGCCUCCGCCCGAGCCUCGCCCCGCACCGGCUCGCUCCUGCCGCCCGAGCCUCGCUUGCGCGCGCUCCUGCGCUGUCCGCACAUCCACGCUCCAGCGCACACUCUGCUCCGCCGCCUGGAGCCACACGCUCUGCACCGUCCGAGCGCCCUGCUCGCGCGCACCUCUGGCCGUGCGCAUGCUGCUCCUCCUGCGCACGUCUACCUGCCACGCCGGCUCACGCCACCUGAGCUGUGCGCCUCCGCUCGCCCACGCUCGCUCGCUGCGCACCAGCUCUCGCCUGCUCCAGUCCCGGGCCGCCUGCUCCCGCGCGCCCCGCACCUGCGCGCCCACGAGCCAGCGCCGCGCGCCAACCGAGCCGCCCAGCGCGCGCUGCGCCGUGCGCCUAGGCCCGCUGCUCGCCCGUUUCCUCGCCAGCGCCCUGCUGCCCGAGCGCUCCUACUGCGGCAUGGAGAAGAGAGGAAGGGGAAAACCAGUGGAGAUAAGGAGGAAGUCAAAUAGAAAGGUGCUGCCGAUGUGGAGAAAAGGAAGGGCGCCAGGGAAAGGGAAAGCUGAGAAAGAGAAGUGA